GUGGGCUGGCGGCUUGGUACCAAGGCCAGGGCCGGCAUGGAGCGGUGGCGCGACCGGCUGGCACUGGUGACGGGCGCCUCGGGGGGCAUCGGCGCGGCUGUGGCCCGGGCUCUAGUCCAGCAAGGACUGAAGGUGGUGGGUUGUGCCCGCACCGUCGGCAAUAUCGAGGAGCUGGCUGCUGAAUGUAAGAGUGCAGGCUACCCCGGGACUUUGAUCCCCUACAGAUGCGACCUAUCUAAUGAGGAGGACAUCCUCUCCAUGUUCUCAGCCAUCCGCUCUCAGCACAGUGGUGUGGACAUCUGCAUCAACAACGCAGGCCUGGCCCGGCCUGACACCCUGCUUUCAGGCAGCACCAGUGGCUGGAAGGACAUGUUCAACGUGAAUGUGCUGGCUCUCAGCAUCUGCACGCGGGAAGCCUACCAGUCUAUGAGGGAACGGAAGGUAGAUGACGGACACAUCAUUAACAUCAACAGCAUGUCUGGCCACCGAGUGGAACCCCAGUCGGUCAUCCAUUUCUACAGCGCAACCAAGUACGCCGUCACUGCCCUGACAGAGGGACUGAGGCAUGAGCUUCGCGAGGCCCAGACCCACAUCCGAGCCACAUGUAUCUCUCCAGGGGUGGUGGAGACACAGUUCGCCUUCAAACUUCAUGACAAGGACGCUGAGAAGGCAGCUGCCACAUACGAACACAUGAAGUGUCUCAAACCCAAGGAUGUGGCCGAGGCUGUCGUCUACGUCCUCAGCACCCCCCCACACGUCCAGAUCGGAGACAUCCAGAUGAGGCCCACGGAGCAGGUGACCUAG